CAACUUCGUCGUCAAUUUUCCACGGCAUAGAGAGGCAGGAUACGCUUCCAAAAUCGCAUGGAAAACGGAGUGGGUUUGCUUUGUGUUCCGCCAAUAAUAGACGUUUCUUGGGGGGGAAAAAAAAAUCUUUAGUCGAAAUUGAUAUCAGCAGUAGUUCGACUCGCUCCGGUGUUUCGUCACUUUAACACAGUUAUCAGGCUAGGAGCCCCAGCAGCCCGACCAGACGGCUGCUAGACGGACUGACUGCUCCUCGACUGCUUCUGAUGCCCGUAGAGAGCCCGGCGGUGCAGAUGCGGUCUCUGCGGGUCCUCCGUCUGGAGUAAAGCCUCCCUGAACUGAAACCAGAGGACGGAGCUCCGAAGCAUGGGUAAACUACACAGGUGCGCCUGUCCUGCUCAGGAGUGAGGAGGAGAGCAGCUGAAGAGGAGGAGAUGGGCUGCACCUCUGCCAAGCAGGUGUCUGCCGUGCCCAACGGUGAGGAGAGCCAGAAUAAGGCUUACAGCAACGGGGACCUGCUCUCUGAUGAGUACAAGAUGAAAGGAGUGGAGAAAGUCAAGUACAUCAGUGGCGAAGAGGGAGGAGUGGACGGCCAGGACAGCACCGAGAAAAGUGCUCUCCUUGGUAAAGGUCAACUUAUGGAUGAAGCAGGAUCAAACGGAAAUGAAAAGAUACUGAGCAUCCACUCCUCAGAGAGUCAGCAAGAAUUCUUCAGGAUGUUGGAUGAGAAAAUUGAAAAGCAAAUCUGGAGCAAGUGAGGACACGGCAGAUGACACGAUGAUACCACAAAAGAGCCUCAAUCUGUCUCGCCCAGUGCUUUCCGAUAGUGCGGUUAUUUAAAGUAGUAUUGUUGAGAACAGGGUUUACGGACAGUGCUGCAGUGCGACUGGAUCUGGUCACAGGGAGGAGUGGUUUAAAUGAAUUAUGACCCGGGCCUCUAAGGGAGUGUUAUUGUUCUGUUAAGUUAUAUCCUGUGUAUCAAAAUAUAUAAGACUGGCAUUUUUCUAUAUUUUUCUCAUUGUCAACAAAUGCCAUGAAAAGUCUAAAAGCAACAAUAAAUGAAAUCUGCCAACAAGUAUAAUGUGUAUCCGAAGUCCGAUCUAGCUUUCCUGCUUAUUCCUCUCACAUGCAGUGUAUGAGCCACGCUGUUGCACUGGCUGAAAUGUUCCUACAUUACACUGAGCACAGGCACUGUGGUGUAUUUUGAGUCAAUCCCACAUACACCAUCCUGCUGCUGGAAAUACUCACCAGCAAAACAAAUGUGUAUUAAUCUGCAGCUAAAAAUAGUCCCCAAAAAAUACCUUAUUUGCUCCUGUUUGAGUAAUGAUGGUUAAAAACUACGGUGGCCAGGUGUGUUUAUGGGACAUUAUUUUGUCUUUUUUUUAAUGAAUACUUUUGACCUGUUUUUAAAAGAUUUAGGUCCUCAGAAGGAACACGUUUGCUUGGAGAUGAGAGCCACAGAGAGGGUAGGGAAGUCAGGAAGUACUGAGAAGCAGUCUGCGUUGUAAUGGGAUUUGUUUCAUAUAAAAUAAGGCCAGACUUAUUCUUUCUGUUUUGGUUUCUGUCCGUAGUUUCCUACGUGCCUUUCAAUAACUCCCAGAGAAAAUGUUUUGUGUUCACUUUUGGCCUGUAUAUAUUUGCGUGUGUGUGUGUGUGCGCAGAUGAAAAAAGCUGUGGUAAGAAUGACAGAGCCACAUUUUUUCCAGUUUAGACAAAAAUGAGCUGAAAUUCAACAUGUCCUGUAGUCCUAUAUUUUAUUUUUGUUCUUCAAGCCUACUAAUGGUAAGUAAUUUUAAUGUGGUGGGUCUAGAAAGAAGAGCUUGCUCUUUAUAACAAGGACCAUAAUGGAAAUAAGUCUUUACUGUUUCUUUUAGAUUGAAUUACUUUCAUUCUGACUUUGAUCAUUUUACAUGUGAUUUUUACUGCAUUUACCUCAGCUCUUUUUGAUAUAAACAUUGGAAUGACAGUAAUAUUGUGAUGCUAAUUUUAUUAGGGGCAUCCUUUGGAAUAAGAAAUACACAUCAUCAAAUAAAAAUGAAUGAACAUCAACAUCUCUCCGUUACGUCUCCAGGGCCGGGACUACUGCUCAGAGGAGGAGGAGAUGACAUAGCACUGUGGUCGUAUAUCCAUCAGUCCCAGAAUGAGAGGAACUGUGAUCCCAGUGUUACAGAUGGACCGAUACCAAUGUCCAGGGGGGACUCCGUCUUGUUUUCACUGUCCCUUGUAUGUACACACCUGGAAAGUAUGGAUUACUGACUCAAAUCAAGCACCUUUUGCCCUCCUGCUCACAGCCUGCUUCUCUGAAUAACCCCCGAGAAAGACUGAAACCAACUAAAGACGGUUCAGUAUUUGUAAGUUUGCAAAGAUCUCCGAAGGGAGAGAACUUUCUUGAUGACGCCACUGAAAUCUUGGGAUCUUAAGAAACACUUGCUUUUCUUUCCCUGCUUGGAGAACUCCAGAAAGGUCAAUAUACAUGGCUGUCACUGAGAUGUCCUGUAGACAUUUGAAACACAGACAGUUGCAGAACUAAAUUUCCCAACAGCGGCGACGACCAGCGCUGUUGUGGACACCGAGUCAAAGUGAAAAUAACGUCUCCAUCUGCGUCUUUUUGAACAUUUCAUUCUUGAAUGCCUCCCUGAAAAGCCAACAGGUUGGAAACUUCCCGCAUUCCAAGACACAGUAUGAAACUCUUUUCUACAGCACGUCGGCCAGUGCAGUGCGUUUGUCUGUCCAUGUCUGUUUCUGUUAUGAUGUAGAGUAUUUAUGUUGAAUAAGGCUCAGGGUUGAAGUGUUGUAAAAUCUCUGUCCCAUGUAGUCCAAGUCCUUCCUCUCAUUGAGACACUGCUGCACCAUUAAAAAGGCACACAUGCACUCACACAGCAGGCUUACUGAUGUGUCCUGCUUCGGCAUCUGUUCCAUGUUAACCCCACGAGGUGGACACUGCAACAUCACAUAUUAGUUUGAAUUUGUAAUUUUGCUCACCGGUGUUAAGUUGUUGUGUUCGGUUUCUAAGUUGAAUUUUUGUUUUUCUAGAAAAAUAAAAGUGUUUUGAGUAACUUA